GGUUUACCAAUUGUUCUAAAAGUGAAAAUAAAAUUUUAUAUUUGCUUCUUUAUUUGCUAUCAACAAUUAAUAAAAUAUAAUAAAGAAAACUGUUAAUUAUUAAAUUAAAUGUCCAUAAAAGAAUAAUUAACGAUAAUUUAUAUUAAUUUUUGAUAUAUGUAAAUGUAAAUAAGUCACGCAGUAAAUAUGUCAAUUUCAAUGAGAGAUGUUUAUUUGAGGUUAUGUUUGUGUGAAAAAACAAAUGAUUGGAGUACAUUGCCAGAAUUUUUAAUGCCAAAAUAUUUUCAUCUAAACAAAAAUAUCGACAUUAAAUUAGUGGGAAAAAUAGCAAAAUUAUUGAUAAAUUCAUUGAAUUUUGAAUUAUCAAGAAAAACGGAAAUUCUCCUCUUGAAAUGUCUCACAAAUUGUUGUUUAGAAAAUUUUAAAUACAAAAGCUAUAAUUUAAUAGAAGACACAAAAAUUUCUAAAUAUCAUACAGAAAUCUAUGAUUUAUUAUCUGAUGAUUUGCAUUUGGAGAAAAUUGAUAAAACAUAUCCAUUCGAAACACAUUUUCCAUACGAUGGUAUUAUUAAAUGGACAGUCGAUAGAAUUUUUCAAUUAAUUGCCAAAGAGGAUAAAAAAUUUACAAAUGAAGAAUUAGAUAUUCUCACGCAAUGUAUGCAAUUUCUUUCAAAUUUUGUUUCAUCGGCAUGUAAAAAUAAAUAUUCACCCGAUUUAAAUGAAGCGCCAAUUUAUCUUGAUAGUGAAGAAUUGAAAAAUGUAAUUUUGUUUCUGAUUGGUCACGAACAUAUGCCGCUAGCAAAAGCAGCUUGUUAUUUUAUUUACAAUACAGUCAUGUAUAAAGAAGAAAAUUAUAUUUCUGAUAUUAAAAAAAAUGAAUUAAUGAAAAAUUUAAUAAACGCCACAAAAUUGGAAAUUAAUGUUGCACAAUAUAUGUUGAAUUAUUUUAUUGAGAAUGGCAAAUUUUUAGAAAAUAUUUAUGAUAAUUUAUUAAUUGACGAUAGAUUAUUUAUAUUGGAAAUAAUAAAUGAGAAUUUAUUAAAUGAAAUUUAUAAAAAUAUUUCCAUUGAUAUGACAAAAUUAAUUGCUGGAAAAUUUAAAAGAAAAAGUGAUUUAAUUCUUAAAACUGUCGAUACAUAUUUAGAUGGAAUGCAACCAAUGGAAGUGAUGAUUCUUCUAAAUAUAUUGGGAAUUUUAUCAUCGAAAACAAAUUCAAAUUAUUCAAUUUUUUUACGAGAGGACAAAAGUCUUUUGAUAAAUGCUCUUUAUUUACUAAAAUCAAUUCAUAUGGUGGGAAGGGAAUCGAAUAAUUUUUUUACACCUCUACAAAAAUUAAGUGAAAUUGCAAUUACAAAUAAUCAGGGAACGAGCGAUUUGAAAAAUGAAAAUUCAGAUAAAAGUGAAAAUCAAAAUUUUCAAACACAUCCUGCUUAUGGAUUUAAAGCUGGACUUGUACGAUUAAUUGGAAAUUUGGUUUUUGAAAAUGAAAAUAAUCAAAAUUUGGUAAGAGAAGAGGAAGGAAUUCCAUUACUUUUAGAUUGUUGCAACAUAGACGCAAGAAAUCCUUUAAUCAUUCAAUGGAUAAUUUUGGCAAUAAAAAAUUUAUGCAACAAAAAUAUAGCAAAUCAAAAUUUAAUUCAAGAAUGUACAAAAAUUGGCGUUGUUGAUAGUGCAGCACUCAAAGAAAUGGGAUUAACACUUAAUGAUGAAGGUGAUGGCAAAGCAAUUGGCAUAAUGCCUAUGUUGUAAUUUUUUUUUUUUUUUAUAAAAAAUAAAUAAGCAAACAAAAAAAAAUCACAUUAUAUUAAUAUUUUAUAUAAUUUUGAAUUUUAAAUAUUGUAUAAUAUAUAUAUAUUUAUAAAUUUUCAUUUAUUUGAAAGAAUAAAUAUUUUUAGGAAAAAAAAUAA